AUGAAGCUACUGAGUCGACCGCUGUUGGCAUUGCUUGCUUUGCUAAGCUCAGCCACUUCCUCUCCAGUCCACAGUCCUCAUGACGAGCUUCUGAUCAAAACAGAUGUCUUUGCUGUGCAAGGAACAGUCUGGCCAAACAAUUCCGCUGUGCAUUUCUUUGGCAACAUACCAUACGCGGAACGUCCUAUUGGUAACUUGCGCUUUCGACCUCCAGUGACCAAGGCCCCAAGCUCGGAGGUCAAGAACGGAACUUGGUUUGGUCCUAGCUGCAUACAGUACAACAAUGGCCAGCCAACGGUAUACUCGGAGUACUUGACUGGAUUUCUGCUGUCGCCGGGUCAGAACCAAAGUGAAGAUUGCUUGACAGUGAAUGUGUGGGCUCCGAAAGAUGCGAAGGCUGGCGAUGAUCUGCCAGUCAUGAUUUGGAUUCACGGAGGUGGGCAUACUUCUGGUGGGGCGGCGAGUCCUUAUAAGUAUGGAGAUCGGUUGGCUGCUGAUCAGAAUGUGAUUGUUGUUGCGAUGAACUACCGCGUUAACAUCUUUGGAUAUCCUGGUGCUGCAGCUCUUGACGGCCGCAACCUCAAUCCCGGCCUGAUGGACCAGCGCAAAGCUGUUGAGUGGACAUAUGCCAACAUCCAUGCUUUUGGCGGAAACCCUGAGCAGAUGAUCCUCUUCGGCCAAUCAGCCGGAGGUAGCUCCGUCGACAUGUACUCAUACGCCUACCCAUUCGACCCCCUCGUCAAAGGUUUCAUCGCACAAUCCGGCGUCGCCUCCAACGGACCCGUCCCCACCGGCUCCAACUUCACCUACGUCGCCAACCUCGUCGGCUGCGGCAACACAACCUCCCCAGAAGCCGAACUCCAAUGCAUGCAAAAAGUCAACGCCGAAGCCAUCAUCAAAGUCUACAACGAAUAUAAUUCCACCCUCAACAAAGGCCGCUCUCUCUCAUUCAGCACAGCAGCCGAUAAUCAAACCCGUUUCACCAACUACACAGACCUGCAAUCUCGCGGCCUCUUCGCCCAAAUUCCAACACUCUACAGCACCACAAACAACGAAGCCGUCACCCUCGUAACCUACACCGGUCCCAGCGGCGUCAACCAAACAGAAGUCGAUCUCCGUUCCGCUUCUGGUUUCAGCUGUCCAGGUGACCAAGCCGCCGCGGCGAAAUCUUCAUUAGGAGUUCCAGUUUGGCGAACGAGAUAUUUCGGUGAAUGGCUAAAUCUGAACCCUUUGCCUUGGUUGGGAGCAUAUCAUUCGAGUGAUAUCCCGAUGAUUUUUGGGACGAGUGAUUUGUUAGGUGAGGAUACGGAGGCGGAGAGGGGGGUUAGUGAGUAUUAUCAGGGUGCUUGGGCGGCUUUUGCGAGGGAUCCUGAGAGGGGGUUGCUGGAGUAUGGGUGGCCGAGGUAUGUGCCUAGUGAGGAGACUUUGGUGGAGUUGGGGAGGGAGGGGACGACAGAGGCUGUUCUAGUGGCAGGGGAUAAGUUUCAGGGGAUUUGUGAGGGUUGA